AUGUCUGUUAUUGUAAUCGCAGUUGCUACAGAGAGUGGUGUCCCAAUUUUCUCUAGAAAACGUGGCAAUAGUGAAAAUAUACAAUUUUCAACAAUAGCAUCUUUACAUGGCAUCAACAUGUUUAGUAAAUGUCACAAUCUGUCUAUGAUUGACACAUCUGUAGAUAAUGGUUGUAUACUUUGGAAAGAAUACUGUAAAAGUGUUACACUGAUUGGAAUUGCAACUGGAGGAUUACAAUGUGACUUAGAACUUCUUCUUUCCUGUGUUCAUGAUGCUAUUAUAUUCUACAUAGGAAAAAAGGAGCUUGAGAAUCUGAAAAACAUUGAUCAAGUAAAGAGAGACUUAAGACAAUGUUACCCUAUAUUGGACUAUUUAUUGGAGUCAUUAGACCCUAACGCUUUAUCAUGCCCACUCCCAACAUUAGUUUUGGAUUUAAUGCAGAGUAUAUUGUGUCCGCAAGCUCAACAAUUACAGCAAGCAUUAGAUCAUUAUGCAGCAAGUGUGACAGGUCGAUGGGCAUGCCUCAUCAUUCAAGGACACUUGGUUGCAACAAGUUCUGAUUUUUGUGAACUGGAUCCCAGAGAGGCGAGACUUUUGAUGCUACUUGCAGCUGCUCAGGAUGGAGCACCAUUACGAGAUACUCCUGUAUAUUUACCACAAAUGAGCCCUAAUGUUGCAUUCAGAGCAGUUACGUGUAAACUUCUUGCUGAUGUAUACAUCUUAGUGGUGUGUGGAGCGACGCCAGCGUUAUCUCAAAUAGAUGAAAUAGUCCUGCAAUGCUGGGAAGGAUAUGCACAAACAAUCAAAGAGGCUAAACUUGCACACCCACGAAAUUUCCCUACAAGUCUUUCAUUUGAACCUUGUGUCUUGGGAAUACUUAUAGUGAAUAUCAAUAAGAGGAGAGCUGUAUUUUCCCGUCACCUACACGCGUCGAAUUCAAAGGGCCGUGGAAUGUCUGGAGCACACCGAAUGGAUAUACUGCGAACAUUCUAUGUUACGUCUGCCAGAGAUUUGGCAUCAGAACUGAGACCAAAAGACGCUAAUAAAAAAGAUUUAAACGAUUCUGAAGUUUGUAUUAAUGAAACAUAUUGGUGUUCCGAGUAUCACAAAUGUCAUGCGCAACGCUCCGGAAACAUGUUGUGCUGUGCAUUGUAUUCUUCAUCAACACAAUUACACACGAUAAGGUCCAUUACGAGUCAAAUAUUACAAGACUUGAGUGCUAACAAAGAUGUAUACUGGUGA